UCUUGGUCUUUCGGGGUCCCCCAUGCCUGGGAGUUACUAUAGCGAUUGCCGCCGCCCCCGCUGGGGCAGAAGACAAAGAGCUGCGCCGUGAGGACCCCGCGGCUCCCUCAGGACACCACCGCAAAGAGCUGCGCAGUGAGGACCCCGCGGCUCCCUCAGGACACCACCGCAAAGAGCUGCGCAGUGAGGACCCCGCGGCUCCCUCAGGACACCACCGCAAAGAGCUGCGCGCCUUGUCUUGUCUGUGUGUGGGGUCCAGGCUGACUGAGAGACCAUGGCCCCCUGCAGAGCGCUCGCCGUUUUCCUGUCACUCCUCGUAACCAUGACGACCGCCGAGCCCCCGGGCUGCAAGAUUCGGAUCACCUCCAGCGGCCUGGAGAUGUUGAAGGUUGAGACUCAGAGAUUCGUGGAGGAGGAGCUGGGGAACAUGACCAUGCCGGAGAUGAAGGGCAAAGAGGGCCGCUUCCAGUACACCAUCAACGAGGUGAAGAUCACAGAGCUGAACCUGACGGGCGCGGACCUGCGCUUCCAGCCCAACUUCGGCCUGCUCUUCGAGGUGCAGAACUCCUCCAUCGCCCUCACCUUCCGACGCAACAUCCUCUACUGGUUCUUCCACGACGUGGGGGUCAUCAACGCCUCCGCCGAGGGCGUGAACAUCCACACGGCGCUGCACAUGAUCAGAGACGACCUGGGACGCCUCAAGAUCUCCAACGUCUCCUGCGACGCGUCCAUCGCCAAAAUGCGCGCCAAGUUCUCCGGGACCCUGGGGAGGGUGUAUGAGUUCCUGGCCACGUUCCUGACGACAGCAAUGCGAUUUGUAUUGAACCAGCAGAUCUGUCCAGCUCUGAACCACGCUGGUCUGGUUCUGAUUAACAGACUACUGGACACCAUUCCAGUGCGUUCAGACGUGGAUGAUUUUGUGGGGAUUGACUACUCCCUCUUGAAUGAUCCUGUGGUGACUGCCAGGAGCCUGGAUUUGGACUUCAGGGGCAUGUACUAUGACCUGCAGAAUGAGAACGACACGAUCGUGAACUACGCCGUGACUCCCGUGAUCAGAGAGUACGACCGCAUGGUCUACAUGGCUCUGUCCGAGUACUUCUUCGACAGCGGCUUCUAUGCCUACUACAAAGCCAAGGUCUUCCAAAUGCUGAUCGCGAAUGAGAAGAUGCCAAAGGACUUGGAGAUGCUGCUAAGGACAACCUAUUUUGGGACAAUCAUGAUGUUGAACCCUGCCCUGGUGGAGGCUCCUCUCUCCCUGGAGCUGAAGGUCACCUCCUCCCCACGCUGCACCAUAAAAACUUCGGGGGCCAGCGUGUCCGUCACCGCCAUGAUGAUUGUGAUGCUGCUCCCACCCGGCCAGCCGCCUGUGCAGCUCAGUAGCAUGACCAUGGAAGGGAAACUCAAUGCUAAGGUGUCCUUGAAAGGCAAGCGGCUCGCUGUUCACAUGGACUUGAGAAGGUUUAAAAUCUACUCCAACCAGUCUGCUCUGGAAUCAUUGGCGCUCAUCCCCCUGCAAGGCCCUUUGAAAACAAUGCUGCAGCUGUCCGUGGUCCCCAUUCUGAAUGAUCGAACCAAGAGAGGUGUACAGAUCCCACUGCCGGAGGGGAUGGACUUUAUUGAAGAAGUGGUGGAGUAUCAUAACGGCUUCAUCGUCAUUGGAGCCAACCUGCACUUUACCAAGGGCUUGCGGGAGGUGAUCGAGAGGAACCAGCAGGGGCAACAAAACAGCACCACAGUGUAAGCUGGGGAACCGACAAACCUAGUUUUACAAAGACUGAUGGCAACGUAUAGCACCUCCACUAUCUCCAAACAAACAUGCUAAAAACACACCCACAAUAAACAUACUUACAUGGUGACAACUCCCUUACACUUUCCCAUUGCUUUAAAAUACUUUCACGUUUAAUUAAGAUGUAUUAGGUUGAAUUUAUUUAGAACCUAUUUUUAUUUACCAACAACAAAAAGCAAUGUGGAGCAACAUUUAAAAAAAAAUGUUGUUCAAAAUCUGAAAUCAUUUAAGGCACAUACUCUUAUGGAAAUAUAAUUUUUUUCCUAUUGUUGGCACAUUGUAAAAUCAUCUUUUUGUCAGGGACAAAACAUAAAUGGGUCCUGUUUUCGGAGUCUGAGAUCAUUUCCAAGAUUCCGCUUUACUUCAGUAAUUCAUAAUCACAUAAAUACCAACAAGGACUGAAAAUUGGCUAAUGUUUCUCCCAGGAAUAUGCUACUUGCUCAUUGCCCCUCACUUAUGUUAAUACUUAAUAUCACAGCCCUUCCAUAUCACACAAAACUAAUAAAUAUUUUAGAAGAAAAUAUCACGUUGUCAAAUUAAACGGAUUGGUUGAAAAGGAUUGUCAUUUCAAUGUGCAGUCUGUCAAUAGUACAACUUUCAGAAACAUAACUACUGCUGGAAAAACUUCAGCUCACAGAUAACUUGGGUCAGUUCACUGUAGUUUGACUUACUGUACAGCAGUAUGGAUUAAUCACAUUUUUCUAUGUACAUUAUAAAAAUGUGACAAUUUUUAAGCCAAUGUUUUUAAUCAUGAUUUUCACAACCAUUAACAAGACAUUUUCCAUUUUUAAUGAUACCUUGCUCUAAUUAUUUGGACUACAUUCUUUAUGCCCUUUACCUUUGCCAAAAGAAAUGCAUUGUACAUUAACUGCAGCCAUAUGAAAAUGUAUCUUGAAACAAAAUUCAUUUUAUGAGGUUCAGAUUAUUUGGAAUAAAUGCCGACUUUCUCCCAUUUCUAUUUCUGCCAAAAAUAAGUGCAUUUCAGAUAAACAGGUGCCACGUAAAAAAAAAAUGCAUCUUGAAACAAUCAAAAUAUAAAAAAUGUAAAGUUUUUUUUUUCCCCCAGUGGGAACUGGUUGUUACAUUAUGAGUAGGGAAUAUUUUUUUAUGUAUUGUGCGCAUUGAUUACCUUGUUCAGUGUGUGUUGAAGGGGAGGGGUGAAUUCUGUGCACUAGUCUUGAAUGUAUCCUAAACCUAACCUCACAAUGACCUAUCCAUUACAUAACACUUUUGUUUACUUCAAGUCUUAAUAAAACCUUAUGAAAAUACA